AUGGCUAAACAAUCCACCGAAAAAAUGGAUGAAACAAUUAUCAAAGGACUUUCUAAGGCCGUUCAGAAGCCAACCCUAUGGGCCGGAGGGCAAGAAGAUUAUAUAUGGACCUUAUCCACCGAUAUUAAUCAUUACUUUUUGGGACGCGAUAUGCCUCCUUUACACACACUAUAUCAACCUCCCUACCAGGAAAGCGACUCUCGAGAGGCAGGUGAUAUUUCUUACACAGAAGUUGAAAUUUCUGCGCAAUUUGAUAAAGAAGAAGGAAACGAGAGAAAAAUGUCGACCAACCGCGAUAAAUCUGACAUAUUCACUUCAAAACAACAAACUGACGAGAUUUAUGAUAGGGGCAUCAGUUCGAUUAACACCAAAACCGCCAGCAUUAACAUAUCGGAUGGCAGUCAAUACAUUACAACAGGAGGUGGCAGCGUCAAGGGUGAAACAGAUGCAAAUAUUCAAGCGGAAUGCGAAAGUCAUGAGUCCAUGCUUCAAAUGUCAGAAGGUAAUGGAAACGAUGUAUCUCACACAUCUAACAGAAAUUCACAAAAAUCACCUAUGGUAGUUGAAAUGAUUGCCCAUGAGACAGACCGUCAACUAAUCGCAUCCAUGUUAAAAAUUGAGUUCGAUGAACGAUUAAAAUGUUAUAAUUAUGAAUUGAAGGAAAUUCGUGAGUUUGGUUUUACUCACAUCAUAAUUGUUGGAAUGCUUCAAUUUGGACCAAUGUUCAUAGACUGUUACGGUCGCAUCUUUAAUUUGGACACGAUGACUGGUGUGUUGUGGAAAGUUGGAAAUUCCUUGGAAGAGGCAGCAAUGGAACCCUUUUCUAUUAAAACAGCAUGGAUUGUUGAGGAAGAUGGGACUAUUGAUGAUUUUGAAUUUGAUCCUACGAACAGCCAAGUUUUUGAAGAUCAAAAAAUUCCGAAAGUCGAGAAGGCCAAGAAAAAAUAG